AUGACAGAAUUACUCAAUAAUUUCGACUGUGCAAAUAACAACAGCACUAAUCCAGCCAACAAAGAUCUCUCAAUAACAUCAGCCUAUAAUAAUGAACAAAAUCUCUAUCGUUCGUGUUUAGUUGGUGAUUUAGAACGUGUUCAGUAUUUACUUCGAAGCAAUUCAUCAUCAUCAAUUGAUCUCAAUCGACAAAAUUCCGACGGUUUAACAUUGUUGCAUUUCGCCUGUUCGAAUAACUUCUACGGACUUGUUCAACUCCUCUUACAAUACGAUGCACAGAAUCAUAUUCGUGAUCAUCUUGGACGAACAUGUUUACACUAUGCAUCAAUCAAAGGUUAUCGGGCGAUUAUCAAAUUACUACUGCAAUCAAUCGAUGAUUCUGUCAAACAUGAUUUCAUUUAUAUCAAUGAUAAUCAAAAAAAAAGUGCACUUGAUUAUGCCUGUGAAAACGAUCAUAUUGAUUUAGUCGAAUUAUUCUUAGAAUUUACAAACGUAGACCAAUUUGACCUGACUUCAUCGUUAUAUUACUCGUGUCUCGAAGGUUAUUUAGACAUUUGCCAUUUACUAAUUAACAAACAACGCGAGAGAAAAGAGGCAUUUCUUUUACAAACAUCUUUCAUUCAAAGCAUUUGCCAUCGUGGUCAUAUAGAAAUCUUACGUUUAUUAUUCGAAUACUUCUCUCUCGCCCAAGAACAACGGCAUUGUGGAAACAGUACAUUGUUCUAUUGUAUUACAACAUUGGAUCUUAUUUUGGUUCGCAAACUAUUGGAACGGCAGGCGCGUUUAACCGAAAAAGAUAUUCACGAUUUAAUAACAUUCUGUCCAUUAAAUGAUCAAAAUCAUUUCUAUAUCGACCAUUACUUUGACUGUUUGGAAUUACUGAUUCGCUACCGCUUGAACUUCGAUGAUCAAAAAAUUUGUAAAUAUUUCAUUCGAGAAUUAUGUGAAAAAUGUACAACAGUUUUAAUUGGCAAGAAACUUCGCUAUUUAUUCGCUUUAGCACUUUACACAGGCUCGAUUCAAUUGCAUCGUCGGUCAACAGUCAAAUGGUGUGGGGAAAUCAGUAUUGUCACUAAACGUCACGUGAACUUAGUGGAUGUUUUCAAACAAACAACGAAGAAUUGGUCGUUGAAGCAUAUCCUAAGAUUGAAAAUUCGUCGUUCGAUGAAAACGUUCAAUCUUGAACAAAUUAAACAAUUACCCGGCUUACAACCAAACCACAUGGAAUUUCUUAGUUUUGAAUACUUGUGA